AUGUCUACCAGCUGGGGCAACCUUAGCCCUUAUAAGGACCAGCCUGGGUUCGAGGUGCCGAACGGUGUCCCCAGAGGCUGUGAGCUUUCCCAGGCCCAUGUCCUCCACAGACACGCACAGCGCUAUCCUACGUCGUGGAAACUGGACGGUGGCGUAAUUGAAGAUUUUGCCCAGAAGCUCAAGAAAUACACCAAGCGCCAUGACAACGCGACGGUUGGCAAAGGAGCUUUGUCGUUUUUGAAUGAGUGGGAGUAUGUACUCGGAGAGGACCUCCUGCUCGUAUCUGGUGCUGCGACGGAGGCAACGUCCGGCGCAAACAUCUGGUCGAAGUAUGGACGCGCACUUUAUCGGGCCCCUCUCGGCGUCGCAUCUUACGAUUCUUCUUUGAAUGUCUAUCCUAAUGGGACCGAGCGACCGAAACCGAUCUUCAGGACGACAGACCAGGCUAGAAUUUUGGAGAGCGCUCGCUGGUGGUUGAGCGGCUUCUUUGGAAAUACUGGCGCCAAUAGCUCCUAUUCCGAGUAUGACCUUGUUAUAACACACGAGGGCACCGGGUUCAACAACACUCUGGCGUCCGACGGUUCCUGCCCAGGAGACUUGGAAGAAGGCGAUGAUUCGGGAGAAAAGUUCAUCCCAAAUCUUACUAAGGAUGCCCUGAAGCGGCUGUCGCAUUUCCUUCCUUCUGAUUUCAACCUCACGGCCUACGAUGUGGUGGGCAUGUUCAGUCUCUGUCCGUACGAAACAGCAGCGCUAGGCAGCUCGUCGUUCUGCUCGUUAUUCACGGAGCAGGAAUGGCGCGAUUUCGAGUAUUUUGUUGAUCUCCAGUUCUAUGGUAACUAUGGAUUCGGCGCCCCAACUGGCCGCGCUCAAGGCAUCGGAUACGUUUUGGAGCUGGCAGCCAGAUUAGAGGGCAAGCGGAUCGAGACCAGCGAUACGAGUAUCAACACCACCAUCGACUCCAAGCCUGCCACAUUCCCUCUCAACCAACCAUUGUAUAUGGACAUGUCCCAUGAUGAUGUGAUUGUUGGAGUUCUAGCCGCUCUAGGUCUCAAGUACUUCAACUAUGGAUCGAAGGGCCUGCCUGACGAUGUGGUUCACGCUGUCCCUCGUACCUUUAAGCUCAACGAGGUUACACCUUUCGGGGCACAUCUGAUUUCCGAGAUCUGGACUUGCCCGGAAAAGACUAACUUCCAUCAACUUGAUGGCGCGCUGUACAAGAAUCCGGAUCUUUCCUCGACAUCCGACACCACAGAUGUUAUUCGGUUCGUGCUGAACGGUUCCCCGGUAUCGCAGGAAGGCCUAGAUGGAUGUGAAAGCUCUAUCAAUGGCUUCUGUGAUGUAGAGGACUUCCUGAAGGGUGUUUCCAAGCUGAAGGAAAAGGCCGAGUACCAGUAUGCUUGUUUUGGGAACUACACGGCCGGUCACCAGGUUGGUGAUGGACGCCCUGAGUGA